CGAGUAGGGGCGCUACUACUGUCCAGCCUGGAGGGAGAGUGUCUUUUCCGGAUGUGACACUAUGUUGACCCGGAAAAGGACGAGGCCGAGAUAGUGGCGCCUCGGCGGCAGCUAUGGAGGAACCUGGCUACAGGGUGGUGUUCGAGAAGCGGGGCGUGUACCUGCACACCAGUGCCAAGAAGCACCAGGACCCGGACUCUCUGAUCGCUGGCGUGAUCCGUGUUGUGGAGAAGGACAACGAUGUCGUCCUGCACUGGGCUCCCUUAGAGGAGGCUGGAGAUUCCACCCAAAUCCUCUUCUCCAAGAAGGACUCCAGUGGGGGCGACUCCUGCACCUCUGAGGAGGAACCAACCUUUGACCCCGGCUAUGAACCCGACUGGGCUGUUAUCAGCACUGUGCGGCCACGGCCCCGCCACUCAGAGCCCCCAAAAGGUGAAGAGUCCAGCUCCCCCCGGGGCUCUUGGGCCUUCUCCGUGAGCCUAGGGGAGCUCAAGUCCAUCCGCCGUUCCAAGCCGGGCCUCAACUGGGCAUACCUGGUGCUGGUGACCCAGGCCGGGGGCUCCCUGCCCGCCCUGCACUUCCACCGCGGGGGCACCCGUGCCCUGCUCCGUGUCCUCAGCCGCUACCUGCUGUUUGCCAGCUCCCCGCAGGACUCCCGCCUCUACCUUGUCUUCCCCCACGACUCCUCUGCCCUCUCCAACUCCUUCCACCACCUGCAGCUGUUCGACCAGGACAGUUCCAAUGUGGUGUCUCGCUUCUUCCAGGACCCGUAUUCCACUACCUUCAGCAGCUUCUCCCGGGUAACCAACUUCUUCCGGGGAGCCCUGCAGCCCCACCCUGAGGGGGCCUCCCCUGACCUUCCUCCAGCACCCGAGGAUGAGCCUGAGCCUGGCUUCGAGGUCAUCUCCUGUGUAGAGCUGGGGCCGCGGCCGGCCGUGGAGCGGGCGUCUCCAGUCACAGAGGAGGAGUGGGCCAGCCACAUGAGCCCCGAGGGCCGCUUGCAGCAAGUCUCUGAGCUGAAGAGCCGGAUCUUCUCAGGGGGACUCUGCCCCAGCCUGCGGCGUGAGGCCUGGAAGUUCCUCCUGGGGUACCUCAGCUGGGAGGGCUCGAGUGACGAGCACAAGACCCAUGUGCGCAAGAAAACGGACGAGUAUUUCCGCAUGAAGCUGCAGUGGAAAUCUGUGAGCCCCGAGCAGGAGCGGAGGAACUCACUCCUGCAUGGGUACCGCAGUCUCAUCGAGAGAGACGUGAGCCGCACCGACAGGACCAACAAGUUCUACGAAGGCCCCGAGAACCCGGGGCUGGGCCUGCUGCAUGACAUCCUCCUCACGUACUGCAUGUACCAUUUCGACCUCGGCUACGUCCAGGGCAUGAGCGACCUGCUCUCUCCCAUCCUCUACGUUGUUCAGAACGAGGUGGAUGCCUUCUGGUGUUUCUGUGGCUUCAUGGAGCUUGUGCAGGGCAACUUUGAGGAGAGUCAAGAGACCAUGAAGCGGCAACUCGGACAACUGCUGCUGCUCCUGAGGGUGCUUGACCCGCCACUCUGUGACUUCCUGGACUCCCAGGACUCUGGCUCCCUCUGCUUCUGCUUCCGGUGGCUGCUCAUCUGGUUCAAGAGGGAGUUCCCCUUCCCUGACGUCCUCCGGCUGUGGGAGGUGCUGUGGACUGGACUCCCUGGUCCCAACCUGCACCUGCUUGUGGCUUGUGCCAUCCUGGACAUGGAGCGGGACACCCUCAUGCUGUCGGGCUUUGGCUCCAAUGAGAUCCUCAAACACAUCAACGAGCUGACCAUGAAGCUGAGCGUGGAGGACGUGCUGACGCGGGCCGAGGCCCUCUACCGGCAGGUGGACGCCCUCGCUAUCUCCGGGGACCCUGCCUACCCGCGCGACCUGUGA